AUGGCAGAAGACAGAUGCGUACAUACAGAUUGUGAGGGAUUUUACCGCCGAGAUUUUCUCAAAGCCGGUGCCCUCGGUUUGUUCGGUCUCAGCCUCACAGACCUGUUCCGGCUCAAAGCGCACGGUGCAACUACAUUUCAGGAGAAAGAAACCGCUACCUCCGUUAUUCUCGUCUGGUUGGGGGGCGGCCCAAGUCACCUUGAUAUGUGGGAUCUCAAGCCGGAUGCCCCUGAGGAAAUUCGUGGGCUUUUCAAACCGAUAUCGACAAACGUUACCGGUAUUCAGAUGAGCGAGCAUCUUCCCAGACUCGCCCAACAAACCGAUAAGCUCUGCAUUAUCCGCUCGAUGACCUCUCCAGAGGCGGCACAUGAGCGUGGAACGCACUAUAUGAUGACAGGUUAUCAACCCUUACCGGGUUUUGCUGUCCCAGGAUAUGGUGCUGUUGUCUCCAAGCUCAAAGAACAGCGGAGUGCAUUACCUCCCUAUAUUGCUGUGCCUGCUCCGGUCGCUUAUGGUGGCGGCGGAUUUUUAGGCGCGUCGCUUGCACCUUUCUCACCCGGAGGAAAUCCGGCAAGCAAGAACUUCAAGGUGCGGGAUUUAGAACCUCCCAAGGAGGUUUCCUUUGAACGCGUUGAACGCCGUCGUUCGUUACGCCAAGCCGUUGAUGCCGCCUUCAAAAAAUAUGAGGCAGGCAAUCCGGCUGCCGAAGCCGUCGAUAGUUUCUAUACCUCCGCUUAUGACCUGAUGAGUUCCACCGAUGCGCGUGCCGCGUUUGAUCUCGGCAAUGAGCCAGACAAAACGCGCGAUGCAUAUCAACGUAACACCUUCGGACAAAGUUGUCUCCUUGCCAGAAGGCUCGUUGAGGCAGGUGUUAACUUCGUCACUGUCAGUAACGGUGGAUGGGACAACCACAACAACAUCUUCUCAUCGUUGCCGGGUAAACUCAACGACUUUGAUCGGACGAUGGCUACCUUAAUCGAAGACUUGAGUGAUCGAGGAUUGUUGGAAACGACCCUCGUUUUGGCUAUGGGUGAAUUUGGAAGAACCCCGGUCAUUAACCGCAACGGCGGACGCGACCACCAUUCCCGUGUUUUCUCGAUUAUGUUAGCUGGCGGUGGCGUCCAAGGCGGACAAGUCAUUGGUGCUUCAGAUCCGCUUGGCAUGGAACCCGCGGAAACCCCUGUACGUCCAGAAGACUUGUCAGCAACGCUCUAUCGAUGCCUCGGCAUUGAUUAUAAUCAGCAUCUGGAAUCGCCUGAUGGGGUUCGCAUUGUCCUCUCACGUGGUGGCAAACCCAUUCGCGGCGUUCUCGCGUAA